CUUUUAUUAAUUAUUUUUAAUGAGCAGAAGAGAAUAGAUAGAAAAAGGUAAUUAACCAAAUUAUUUAAAGAUAAGUAAGCAUUACUUUCAAAACCAUGGGUUAAGAAUCAUCCUAUCUUUACAUAUGAUCAUAUUGCAGAAUUUUAUGAAAUGUUCAUUCUUUAUGCUGAACCCAGAACAAAGAAAGCAGAUGUUAGAGAUAUUCUUGUCACAGCAAAGACACUUGGUCUCACUGACAAAUUCCCUAUUAUUGCACAUGCACUUGAUGAUUUAGCUUCUAGUUAUGAUGAUGCAGUUGAUUUUGAAACUUUCAUUUCAGAUUUGACAGCUAAAUUAGUAAUAUUAUUAAACUAUAACUUAGGGUAAUCCAUUUGAUCAAAAAGGUAGAGUUUAAUUAUUCAAACUUAUUGAUGUUGAUGGAAAAGGAACUUUAGAUAAAGGAGAUUUAUAAAAAAUAUCCGAAGAAUUAAGAUUCAAUUUAAAUGAAGAGGAUAUUUAAGAAAUCAUUCAUAAUGUUGCAGGAUAUGAAGCUGAAGAUGUAUCAGAAGAGAAAUUUGAAAAAUAUUUGGGCAAAAGAGUCUAAAGAAGAUAAGUUGAAUAAGAAAUCUAUAGAAACAAAUGAAAAUAAAUCAAAAUAAAAAAUAUUACCAAUAUACC